AUGCUACACAUGGAGACAAACCAUGCCGAGGGAGACUCUCCCUUUGUGGUUGCUGACGAGGCUGCGGCGGCCAAUGGCGGUCACAUUCCAGAAGCAGAGGAAGAAGGACCUCUUUAUAUCGAAUGUCCAGCGGAAGACUGCGGGGAAGUCCUGCUCGCGGCCGACCUAGACUAUCAUCUAGAACUCCAUACCGCUGAGCAAGGCGGCAGCGCUUCUUCGGAGACUGAGACUGGCAGUCCCGUCAUCACCCCUUCCACUCCGUCAUCGUCCCCAAAGGUUCAGUCUCCGCCGGAAAAGAGGCCGACCCACACGACGACGCGCACUCCUACCAACCGCUCUUCGACCUCUUCACCUAGACAUAGUACUACUUCUUCGAAAACCCGCCGAGGGGAACAAAAGGGCGACCAUCACAGCGAUAGGAACAGCGAUAGGAGUAGGGACAGCAGUAAGAGCAGAUCGAUAUGGCGAGCAAUCUUUGGAAUCCACCAUCACUCCAGUCAAUCCUCUGAUACGCCCUCCUCGAUAUCUCCAAAUUCUCCAAAGCCUCCAAAGAAGCGCCAUAGAGAGAGGAUGUCGGAACGACUGGCCGAACGAGCCUCGGAAACAACGGCGCAAGUCGUUAGAGGGACCCGCCUUGGUAAAGCGCAGCUCGGUAAGUACGCGCACGAGGAGCAGAUGCCGGAUUGGCUUGUCAAACAUCUCGAGAAGGGUCUUUAUGUGAAGAGUGAAGGCGUUAUUCCGGUGCUAGCACAGCUGUUUGAGCGAUGUUUUUCGACAAGACGCGCCUUCUUGUGCCACCCAAGCACAAAUCAUGUGUCAAAGCUUAGAAAAGAAGGGGGUUUCUGUGGUUAUCGCAACAUCCAAAUGUUGUCGUCUUACAUCAUCAACACCAAAUACCCAGGCCACCAGCAUUUUCGCAACGAAAUCCCCUCGAUAUUUGACAUCCAAGAAAUGAUCGAGACAGCCUGGGACCACGGAAUCAACCCUAAUGGAAGGGUUGAAACGGGCGGCAUCCGCGGUACCAGAAAGUACAUCGGGACGCCUGAGGCGCUGGUCAUGUUCCGGUUGUUGCAAAUACCUUUCGACGUUCAAGCCUUCAAAGACCCCUCACCAGGCCAAUCUGAAAAGGCCCUGCUAGAUAUGGUCGAGCGGUACUUCCAAGCAGGCACCAUUCUCCCCCAAAGCGCCACCACCGAGAUACAGAAAGUCUGGCAGACCGACCUGCCGCCAAUAUACUUCCAGCACGCAGGACAUUCGAUGACCAUCAUCGGGCUGGAGCGCGACAAGUCUGGCGCCAGAAAUCUAAUCGUGUUCGAUCCCAUGUUCCAUGAUGCGUCCACCAUCACUAGGCUUAUUGGGAAGGAGGUGCAUCCGCAUCCCAUGGCGGCGAACAUGGCGGUUAAUUCUUACCGACGCGGAAGUAAAUACCUAGGAAAAUAUGAGCAGUUUGAGGUCAUUAGGCUGCUACCACGUCCGGAGAUCAAAAAGGCGUAG